AUGACAUUCGAUGUCGAGGAAGUUGUGAAGAAUGCCACUAACGUGGAGAAUAUCGUAGGGGCUGACUUCUGGCACACGGCGGAGCUCGAACGCUUCAACGUGCCACGCGUGAGAUGUAGCGAUGGGCCAAACGGCAUCAGAGGCACGCGCUUCUUUGGAGGCGUCUCAGCAGCAUGUAUACCAUGUGGUACUGCCCUUGGCGCGACCUGGGACAAGGAGCUACUUUACAGAGCUGGCGAGCUUCUCGGACAGGAGUGUAUCUCGAAAGGAGCUCACUGCUGGUUAGGACCUACGAUCAACAUCCAACGGUCACCAAUGGGAGGACGUGGAUUUGAGAGCUACUCCGAAGAUCCCCACCUGUCAGGAACCCUGGCAGUCAACAUCGUGAAAGGUGUUGAAAGCACUGGUGUCCAAGCGACUCCGAAACAUUUCGUCUGUAACGAUCAGGAACACGAGCGACGAGCUGUCAACACAAUCAUUCCAGAACGAGCAUUACGAGAAGUCUACCUCCGUCCCUUUCAGAUCUUGGCUCGUGAUGCUGCGCCCGGUGUCUUGAUGACAUCGUACAACAAAAUCAACGGGCUUCACGUUGCCCACGAUCCCCGCAUGAUCAACGGCAUUGUGCGCGAAGAAUGGGGCUGGGAUCCGCUGGUCAUGAGCGAUUGGCACGGCACGUACUCGACCACGGAGGCAGUGAAUGCUGGCAUGGAUCUAGAAAUGCCGGGCGGACCGAAAAUGCGAGGACGCUUGGGCGACUUCGUUCAAAGCUCACGCCUGAUUAAGCAGUCUGUUCUGGACCAACGAGCCCGAAGAGUGCUUCAGUUCGUCAAACGAGCUGCAAAAGUCGAAAUGAAAGAGGGGCCGCGCGACCUGCCAGAGGAUCGUGCUCUGAAUCGCGAAAUUGCCGGCAAAAGUAUCGUCGUCCUCAAGAAUGACAUCAAUCUUCUGCCUCUGCCGAAAAAGGCCAAGAAAGUGGCCCUCAUCGGUUCGCACAUGCGCCUGCCUGUUAUUACUGGAGGCGGCAGUGCUGUACUAAAUCCGUACUACACCGUCACGCUUUCCGAAGCCCUGUCUGAGCGCUACUCUGCCAGCGGCACUGAGAUUGCCCACGAAGUGGGCGUACCUGCCUAUCGCAUGCUUCCGCAGCUCAGCAAGCUCAUCCAGCGUCCGGAUCGUUCUGCGCAGGGUGGGAUCAUGUCCUUCUACAAUUCCCCUCCUGGAACCACCGAUCGCAAACUCGUGGUCGAGGAGCAUUUCCAGCGAGCGUAUUGCCAGCUCAUGGACUACAAGCAUCCGGACUUGAAUUUCGAACUCUUCUACAUCACGGCAGAGGCGAUCUUCACGCCUGAUGAAUCCGGAACUUGGGACUUCGGACUGUCCGUGUAUGGCACAGCCAAUGUAUACCUCGACGAUGAGCUUAUCAUCGACGAAACGACCGAGAAGCAGAAAGCCGGCGGCGCGUUCUUCGGCAAAGGCACACCGGAGAAGAUCGGCUCAAAGGAGCUGCAAGAAGGCAAGGAGUACAAGCUUCGAAUUGAAUUCGGCAGCUCAGCCACCAGCACAUCUCCACAGAUUGGCGUGACCACUUUUGGGGGUGGCGGUUUCCAGCUUGGGGCUGCUCGACGCGUUGAUUCAGCCGUGUCAAUAGAUCGCGCCUGCAAGUUGGCCCAAAACGCGGACUAUGCCAUCCUGUGCACCGGCCUGAAUGCCGAAUGGGAGUGUGAGGGAACCGAUCGACUUAUGUACAACCUUCCGCCACGAAUCGACGAGCUCAUCACUCGCGUACUUGCGGCGCAGCCCAACACUGUCAUUGUGACGCAAGCCGGAACACCAUUCGCUAUGCCAUGGCAGAAGGACGCACAGACUAUUGUUCACGCAUGGUACGGAGGAAACGAGGCUGGACACGGCAUAGCAGACGUUCUCUUCGGUGACGUCAAUCCUAGUGCACGAUUGCCGUUGAGCUGGCCAGCAACAGAGAAAGAGAACCCGGCUUACCUCAAUUGGGGAAGCACACAAGGACGGGUCAUGUAUGGUGAAGACGUAUUUGUGGGAUACAAGUUCUACGAUGAGAUGGAACGUCCUCCUAUGUUCGCAUUCGGACAUGGGCUGUCUUACACAACGUUCGAGAUCAAGCCUUUGGCAGUCUCUGAAACGGGAGACAAGGUCAGCGUUGAAGUCAAGAAUACCGGCAAAAUUGACGGGACCGAGACCGUUCAGGUGUAUGUCCAUGCUAAGACCAGUCUGAUACGGCGACCGAAACGGGAAUUGCAUGGCUUUUCGAAAGUGACUGUACAAGCAGGCAAGGCGACCAAGAUCGAGGUCGCCAUCGACAAGUAUGCGGCCAGUCUAUGGGACGAGGCAGAAGAGCGGUGGAUGCGAGAAAAGGGCGAAUACGAAGUGCUCGUUGGAAGCAGCAGCCGCGAGGAGCACUUGACAGUCGCUGGCUCGUUUACAAUCGAGGAGACCAGCUGGUGGCUAGGCUUGUGA